AUGAAACAACGUAUCAAUAUACCGGAAUCUUUUCUCCCAAAAUUUAGCGGUAAAUAUGAAGACUGGCUAUCCUUUAAAGAUGCCUUUUCUUCAAUGAUCCAUAAUCAAUCUGAUUUAAAUAACAUUGAAAAAUUACAAUAUUUAAAAUCUACAGUAACCGGAGAAGCUGAAAAUAAAAUAAAACAGAUUUCAAUCACAGGCGGUAACUCUAAUCGUGCGUGGAACUUACUGCCAAGUGCGUUUUUUGACAAACGGUUAGUUAUAUCAAGACACUUGAGCCUUCUAUUGCGCCUUCCUGUUCAAGAAAAGGAAUCCUCAGAAGGUUUAAGACGUUUAGCUGAUGAAACUCAGCAGCGUUUGGAAUCCCUAAAAACUUCAGAAGUUAACUUGAAUGAGGAAAUUGUAAUGCAAAUUUUAGAAGAAGAACUUCACAAAUUAACAGCGGAGAAAUGGGAGGAAAUAUUAAAACGUGAUACCUUCUCAAAAUUAGAGGAAAUGUUUGAAUUUUUAUAUAAGGCAGCAUCUAGACUUUCGCAACGCGAUAGAGAUAAGGCUGAACAUAUAAUUCAGACUUCUGCUUCAAUGAAACCGUCACCGCAGUCUAAUAACAAAAAUAAUUCUCGGAAAACGACGAGACAAGCAUUUUUUUCGAAAACCGGUAAAUCGUGUCCAAUUUGUAUCAAAAACCAACAUCCCGUCUACAGAUGCGAUAAAUUCUGCAGUUUGUCGUUACCCCGCCGUAUUCAAGCAGCAAAGGAUUCCUCUCUAUGCCUGAACUGCUUAAGAAUUCACGGAGACAAGUCGUGUAAUUUUAAGAAAUGUCCGGUCUGUGAGGAACAUCACAGUGCCUUGCUCCAUAUGCCGAAGGAGCAAAUUAUGCGAAACGAUUAA